AUGGCUGAUAGGCAUUUCUCCUUUGUCUAUUCCACCCUAAUCCUCAUUCUCCUUUCCUGUUGCUUUUCUAUGCCCCUGCCUAAUGUGCCUCAUUCAGAGCCUAUUCCAUCAGAAAUAGUCUGCAAAUCCACCCCUUACCCUGACUUGUGUACAUCCAUGUUCCUAGGUAAUAAGCCACGCAACAUUUUUGACUGUUGCCGGUUUUCUAUACACAAAUCUGUGUCCACAGCAAGGGAGUUGUUGUAUUUGGUUGAUCGGCAUCUUAGAAACAGGUCAUCCUUGUCAAAAAUCGCCAUUCGAGCUCUUGAGGAUUGCCAGCUCCUAGCAGAGCUGAAUAUGGAUUUCUUGUUAAGCUCUUUCAAAACUGUCAAUUCCACGAACUCUCUCGCUAGCUUCCAAACUGACAAUGUCCAGUCCUUGCUUAGUGCCAUAUUAACUAACCAGCAAACUUGCUUAGAUGGCCUUAAGGCUACGCCAAUGGCUUGGAGUGUCAAGAGUGGUCUUUACAACUGUCUUUCUAAUGGAACCAUGAUGUACAGUGUUUCUUUGGCACUCUUUACCCAUGGUUGGGUUCAUGAGAAGAAUAAAGCUAAACCUGGGAGGAACCUCUUCUCUCCUCAAAAUCAUCACUUACCUCUUACAAUGUAG